AUGAAGGUGACCGACACCCAGACACAGGGGCCCGCCAUGGAAAGGGCCGUGCCGUCCUGCCAAAUGGCGAUUCGUACGAGGGUGACUACGUCGAUGGGCGUGUACCAGUUCAAGAACGGUGCCCGGUAUGAAGGGGCCUAUGUGCAGAACAAGAAGGACGGCGAGGGCACAUUCUACUUCCCAGAUGGCUCCAAAUACGAAGGGCAAUUCAAGGCCGACCUUCGCCAUGGCUUUGGCACCUACACAUACCCAAACGGCGACACAUAUGAGGGCGAAUGGGAAGAGGGCUUGCGCCAUGGCCAGGGCACGUACACAUAUGCAGAGUCGGGGGCCAAGUACAUUGGCACAUGGUCGAGGGGCAACCGUGUUGGUGACGGCAAGCUCGUCUACGCCGACAUGGAGUUCCAGGGAACCUUCGUCGAUGACCAGCCGCUUGGUCCCGGCAAGUUUGUGUUCAACCGCGGGUAUGAGCAGGCCGGCGAGUAUGUCGUUGCCGACACAUCAGAGGAGCCUGAGGAGGACGGCCAGAGAAACAUGAGAUGGGUGGGGCAGUCGUUGUCUGCACUGGAGUAA